AUGCUGGGCACGGCAUGGGAGACAGAGGGGCUGCAGACGCUGGGCAUCGUGGUGAUCGUGUGCGCCUCACUGAAGCUCCUGCACCUGCUCGGCCUCAUCAGUUUCUCCGAGGGUUCUUUCUGUCUUCAGAGAGGUGGCAGGAAUGGAGUUGGAGCGCGUCUCCGCAAGCUCUUCCUCUGCUCCUCUGCCAUAAAGCCGUCUCCCGCUAUGCAAAACAGUGCCGAGGAUGAGCUGGAGCUGUCAGCCGUACGCCAUCGACCUGAAGGCCUGGAGCAGCUGGAGGCCCAGACCCGCUUCUCUCGCAAAGAGCUGCAGAUUCUGUACCGCGGCUUCAAAAAUGAAUGCCCAAGUGGUGUGGUCAAUGAAGACACAUUUAAGGAUAUUUACUCACAGUUCUUUCCACAAGGAGACGCAUCCACGUAUGCACAUUUUCUGUUCAACGCAUUCGACACAGACCACAACGGCGCAGUGAGUUUUGAAGAUUUCGUAAUGGGCCUGUCUAUACUGCUACGAGGCACAGUUCAGGAGAAACUCAACUGGGCUUUUAACCUGUAUGAUAUUAACAAAGAUGGAUAUAUAACGAAAGAGGAAAUGUUAGACAUCAUGAAAGCCAUUUAUGACAUGAUGGGCAAGUGGACAUAUCCUAUUCUUAAAGAGGAAACUCCAAGACAACACGUGGAGAUAUUUUUCCAGAAAAUGGACAAAAAUAAGGAUGGUGUUGUCACCAUAGACGAGUUUAUAGACUGCUGCCAAAAUGACGAAAAUAUCAUGAGAUCAAUGCAGCUUUUCGAAAAUGUCAUUUAAUAACCGAGUGGAC